UUACUAACUUUUCCGUUCAACUUAAGACUACAGCACCCAUCUACAGAAUCAAAUUAAUAAGUUGCCUGUCACGAAAUAAUGAAGGCAGCUCCAGCUCCCUCCUCCAGGGGCACUUGCGGUCGUUUUCAAUCAAUGAGGAUUCAUCAGCAGCCGCUGCAAAGAUGACAACUGAACUUCUCUUCACUUCAGCCGCAGACAAUGUCAUUUUGGCCCGCAAAAGCACAAACCCAAACCCAAUCCCAAACCCAAGCUGGCGGAUUGAAAACGAAAAGUAUGGAGUGUGGGAGGACUUAAGCCGAGGAAUGGGAUGGAAUAGGAUGGGGGCAUAUGACUGGCAGAGUGGCUUAAUUUAAAACGGUUUCAUGUUGUGAUUUUGACAAAUGAUAAUUUUUUGCAUGUGUAUGUGUCGGUUGUCGGUGGUCGGUUGUCGGGCUUUGUGUUUGACAUGUCAGUGGAGCCCCGGCUGGCGCAGAGAUACUCGAAACCGUAUCUCCUCCGCAGCUCCAUGGGGGCGAUGAUGAGCUGGCACAAUGUUCCGGACAGAUAAAUUCCAGGGCCCCGGAAAAAUAUUCCGAAUCAUCGCUGGCUCGACCGUCAUAUCGCCGGGACAUUGUCAAAGGCUCGUUAAGUAAGUAACACCAACGCACGCCGGGGCGAAAAAGUUUCAGUUUCUUUCGGGUACAUUAAAAACUAUGUAAGCCCAGCACUUGAGGGCUGGGCCAGGGGCAAUAUCAGCACAUCCGGGCGAACAAAAGGGAGUCGCCUGUCGGGGACAGCAAGCGGGCAAUCAGGAUUCAACAGCCCACAACCGCACACAGCGGCACUGCACCAAUUUAUUGACUUAACAGCAAAAAAAAAAAUCAAAAUCCACUUCCCCAGCUUUAGCUUUGGCUCUCCGUUACCAUGGUCGUUUCCAUGGUGCUGCUUUUUCUAUUACCGGACUCAGAGCGGAAGCAGGACUUUACGGGCAUCUGGCCAGGAGCAAUAGGGCGAGGAAAUUGGCUAAAUGUGUAUGAAUGGCAAGCAGCAUGGAUGAAAGUGCUCCGGCCAAUCGACGGACUUCCAAUGAAGUAGAACAAAGUGACAGUGAGUUGGAAAUUGAAUUGGAACAGCCUCUGAAACCCGAUCCAGGGCCAUCAAAUGGCACCGAAUUGGCCUGGCCUAAUUUCGAGGCUCGGGUAUUAAAGUCCACGGUCAACAGCGUUACCCUCGAAUGGACGCUUCUGGAAAGUGCCUUGGUCUACAGAAUCGAGAAGUACCAUAAGCGGAGGUCCUGGCAGCAGGUGGAGUGGACCUCCAGCUCUCCAGUGGAGGUGACCAAAUUGGAAGAAAACUUUGUAUACCGCCUGCGUAUCAAAGCUUUGCAACUCGCCGAGGAUGGAGGACGCUACGUACCAAUGUCUAUAUCACCUGAUGUUAUUGCCUCCACUGUGGCAGCCCAACCUUCCACCAACUGCCUAAGCCGCGCCAUCAGGAAGGGCCAACAGUUUCUGGUCAAGCGGAUGCUGCGCCGACGGCCGAGUCUGAUAGAGUACCCGGCCCCCAACGGAUUCCUGCCGUUGGCCAAUGCCAUCAUCCAAGGAGAGAUGUGCAUCAUAGAUGUCCUGCUCUCCGCCGGCUGCAGUGUCCACCUCGGCAAUCCGGGCAAUGGUCGCACCCCGCUUCAUCUAGCCUUCUACUACGGACACUUGCCGUCGGCUCGCAUCCUGCUGAACAAGAAGGCCAACCUGGAGGCGAAGGACAGCAAUGGCAUGACCCCUGCGCACUGCGCCGUGGACGCUAACCAGCUAGCGAUGGUGAACUUUGCCCUCGAGUCUGGCGCCGAGAUGGAGGCCAGAGACUCUUGCGGCUGGACCCUCCUCAUGCGAGCGGUGGUUAUGGACGCAGACCUGGAGCUCAUCAAACUUCUGGUAACCCACGGCGCAGACCUGGCGGCUCUGGAUGGUGUUGGAAGUUCCUGCAUCGACUUGGCGAAACUCUACCACAGGGCAGAGGCGGCGGAUUACUUCGAGAGGGUGUUAAAGUUUAGGCUGGAAAAGACUGCUGCGACCGCAGACGCGGUCACAAAGGAACCAACUCGAAAUGCCACUGAAAAGGAUUUCCCCGGCGGGAAGGAAGGACAAUAAGAGGGCUUUAAUGGGUGGCCGCGUCUGAAUGCGAGGGAUUCGAGGAAUUUUAUUUUUCCUCGUUUCAAGCUGAAAUAAUUUCGAGGAAGCUCAGUUAAGGACGCGCCACGCCCUAUGGAGGUCCGGGGUUGGAUAAUGAGCAUGUAAAUUUGGCUUGGCAUUUACACUUUUUCCUGAGAAAAAAUGAGAAAGAUAUUUGGAAUGCCUUCACUUCAGAGACUCUUUACAAUACAAGUUAUAUAAUGAUUAAGGUUAUACAGGCAAAAAAUAAACAAUUUUUAAAGGAUGAAGUCUAUAC